UAAUGAAACCCUACCCUGAUCCAGCCUGAUCAUUUUGUUUUGGAAUUGAUGAAAACAACAUUCCUCGCUCUGUCAACAGUUUCUUUUGUUCGUUAGCAAAGAUUUUGCUGGCAUUGACCAGGUCUUACGCAUUCACUAAAUUUAGCACACAAAAAUAGCUCAAAGCCAUCAAUCUCUAACUUGCGAAUCACAAAAUUAAAGCUGACUAUUGGUUAAUAUGGUUAACUCCCCCAUAAGCUCAUAACGAAGAUGACAGCCUCAUAUUACAUGCUAUUGUUUUUACCUCAAUCCCAAGCCUCUCUUUCUUGGUGGUGGUCGUGGUGGUAGUGGUGGUUUUUUUUUUUUUUUUUUUUAUGCUUUUUGCUGCUGGCUGUGGCCAUUGAUGGUGACUCCACCGGCACGAAAAGUGAUGGUGGUAGCUGACCCGACUCCCCACUCAGCGGCAGCCCUCCAAUAUGCUCUUUCCCAUGCAUUGCUAGAACAAGAUGAGCUGAUUCUUUUUCAUAUUGAAAACCCCAAUUCAUGGAAAAACACAUUCUCUACUUUCCUAAGGAGACCAAGUUUUCCUUCUGCUGCCACAGCUCCUAAUUCCGUCCUUGAAGGAGCUUCAACUGAUAUAGAUUUUCUUGACCAAAUGAAACGUGCAUGUGAAAUUGCUCAGCCUAAAAUCCCUGUACGUAUAGAAAAAACUGACAUGGAUGGCAAGGAUAAGGCUACUGUAAUCCUUUCUAAGAGCAAAGCUCUAGGAAUUGAUCUCAUUAUCAUUGGGCAAAGGCGGAGUCUCUCUUCAGCAUUACUUGGAUAUAGGCUGCCUAGCGGGUCAAUGAGAGGACCAAAACUGAUAGACACAGCAGAUUAUUUGAUUGACAACAGCCCAUGCACCUGUGUUGGAGUGCAGAAAAAGGGACAAAAUGGUGGCUAUGUCCUCAACUCGAAGACCCAUAAAAAUUUCUGGCUUUUGGCAUAAUUUGCACUUACAUUUAAUCAAGUACCAUUCGAUCGGUCAUAGCUUUUGAUUAUCACCAGAUCUCGCUAUAUCUUACAAAUUUGUCAUUUGUUUGCUAACUUUUCAAUUCAAUCCCUUCUUUUCCUUCUCUGUAGUGAUUAAAAAUGUUCCGUAUGUAUGUUUUUCU